AUGUCCACAAGCAGGUCGAUCCCGGGGGGCUCCUCCAAAAACCCGGGCAGCUCGAGUCACGACUUUCCGGCCUCAUUCGUCGCCUCGUUUCGAUCUUCAUCACCGAUUGCUCAGGAGGUCAUCGCGAGGGAUCUUGCGGCAUGUUCGGACGAUGAGGAUCUCGGGGCUGCCGAAGCCGAUGGUCUUGGCCCUUGUGCUUCGGACUCCGACGUUGAGGGUGAAAACCCAUUGAUGUACCGACGGCCGAGCGGCAUAGCUUUUGGCACUGCGCGCCCCGUGCUGGCGACACAGAACGUUGAGGAUAGCAUCCUCACACGGGAGGAGUGGAAGCAGUCCCUGGAUGCGGAGAGGAGCCUCCUCAGAGAUAACUAUAUCCUCCCGCCAAAACACUCCCAGCCUGAACAGCUCGGCUUGCUAGGACGACUGCGGAAGCGUUUCUUCAGCACCAAGGUGCCGAGGCCCAGCGGGUCCGACGAAGAGGCGGGACCUGAUUUGUAUGGCAUCCCCACUGAGGAAUCACCGCUCCUUGGGGGUGGUGGUGGUGGUGAUGCACCCCGGCGUCUUUCCUCGUCUGCCACUGCGGCUGAGACUGGUCAUCUCAGCGAGACAUGGGAAGCAGCUGUUGCAGCUGGUCACAUCAAGACGACAUGGCAGCGGGAGGCCAAGACAUUGGCAGUGUAUUCCCGCUCUCUUGUCGUCACAUUUCUCCUGCAGUAUUCCGUCAACAUAACUAGUAUCUUGGCUGUUGGGAGGAUUGGCAAAGUAGAGCUUGGGGCUGUCAGCUUGGCCACGAUGAGUGCAAAUAUUCUAUGCUAUGCUCCAAUCCAGGGGCUGGCGACCUCACUCGAUACAUUGUGCGCGCAGGCCUAUGGCUCCGGCCAUAAGCACCUAGUAGGGCUGCAGCUUCAGCGUAUGACUGCGUUUUUGCUUUUGCUCCUGUUCCCAAUUGGGAUAUUGUGGUUGCACGCCGCCGAACUUCUGGUCAAGUUCGGCAUAGCCCGACCGAGUGCCGAGCUGGCUGGGCUUUACCUUCGCAUCUGCAUAUUUAGCAUGCCCGCGUAUGCCGUCUUUGAAGCCUCGAAGCGUUUCGUUCAAGCACAGGGGCUUUUCCAUGCGACUACCUAUUGUCUAAUGAUUGCGGCGCCGCUCAACAUGUUUAUCAAUUGGCUCUUGGUUUGGAAGCUGGGAUGGGGCUUCGUUGGUGCUCCCGUAUCCGUCGUGAUCACGCAGAAUCUUCAGCCUAUCCUGCUGUUUCUGUACGUUCGUUUCGUGGACGGAUAUCAGUGCUGGGGUGGCUUCUCGAAGCGAGCCUUCACAAAUUGGGGUCCGAUGAUUCGUCUUGCUAUCCCUGGAAUGAUCAUGGUGGAGGCGGAAUGGCUUGCCUUUGAGAUCCUGACACUUACAUCAGGCCGCUUCGGCACAUCCCAGCUGGCUGCGCAGAGUGUCAUUAUGACCCUUGCCGCCACUACGUACCAGAUCCCUUUCCCGCUUUCUGUUGCAGUUUCAACGCGCGUUGCCAACUUGAUCGGUGCGAAGCUUGCCGACGCGGCAAAGAUUACAGCCACAGUUGCAAUCGUUGCCGGUAUCAUUAUCGGUCUCUUCAACACGACAAUCUUGUCCGUAUUCCGAUGGCAGCUGCCACUUCUUUUUACGAAAGACCCCGAGGUUAUUGAGAUAGUUGCACGCACAAUGCCCAUCAUUGUGGUGCUGCAGUUCUUCGACGCCGUAUGCGCAAUCUCCCAGGGUCUACUUCGAGGUCUGGGCCAACAGGAGUUUGCUGGUUACUCGAACAUCAUUUCGUACUACGCCAUCGCGCUGCCAAUCUCUUUUGCGACCGCUCUCGGACUUGGAUGGGAGCUCAAGGGCUUGUGGUUUGGUGUCACGAUUGGUCUUGCUGUUGUCAUGGUUGUUGAAUAUUCCUAUCUUCGUUGGUACGAUUGGAACCGUGCUGUACGUGACGCAGAAAAUCGGAAUGCUUCAAACUAG